CCCUGGAGGCUGGAAGGUCUUCGUUUUCACCAAUUAGAAAAUUACAAUUUUCCAAUUGGACGUUCUUGCCCAAAAACGUUUAGUUAAAUGCACGCAUUUUCUCGCGUUUCGUCAGGUGUUUCUUAUUGGAUCGCCAGGGGGUGGUGGAGUGAUUCGCGAGUGUAUUGGUGACUGGCGCGCUGAGGUGCGAGUGGGAGGAAGCUAGAACAUUUCUUGUUAUUCUUUCUUUGUUGUUUUAUCUGUGGAAAAAGCUGCGCGUGUUUGUGUGUAUGUAUAAACCAUACAUGCACACAAAAAAUUUGCAUAAAAAAAAUCACUAGCAGAGCAGAUCAGAUCACCAACGACAGCACUUGGACAACCACAGUCGAGUGGUGAGACCGCUGCUCCCAGCACACACACGGACAUCGCACGCAGGACCGAGGAGCGGCAGGAGCAGGCGGAAAGGAUACGGAAGCAAACUCGGACUCGGACUCAAUUCAACCGUCUUUAAAGACAACCAUGUUUACGGGCAAGCUGCAGAUUAAGGUGUGCGAGGCGAGUGGCCUGCGGCCCACAGACUUCCAGAAGCGCCACAACCUCACCUUUGGCAAGCUAGCCGACGAGCAGCUAAUCGAUCCCUAUGUGUCCAUAGAUGUUGACGAGAGUCACUUUGAUCGAGCCACCACACGGCCAAAGACAUUUGAUCCUGUUUGGAACGAGCAGUUCGUCCAUGACGUUACCAAUGUCAGCAACAUUAAUUUGACCGUCUUUCACGAUGCCGCUCUGCCGCCAGACGAUUUCGUGGCCAACUGCAUAAUCUCCUUCGAGGACCUCAUGCAGAGCGAGACGGCUGUGCAGGAUCUAUGGGUUAACUUGGAGCCCCAGGGCAAGAUCCACGUCAUAAUUGAGCUAAAGAAUCGCAAUGAACAAGCCAAAGCCGAGGCCGAGGUGGAGCACACCGUGGCCGUCAACAAGGAGUUCAAAGAGCGCGCCGGCUUCAAUCGGCGUCGCGGUGCCAUGCGUCGUCGUGUGCAUCAGGUGAAUGGGCACAAGUUCAUGGCAACGUUUUUGCGUCAACCCACCUUCUGUUCGCAUUGCCGCGAGUUUAUCUGGGGAAUUGGUAAACAAGGCUAUCAAUGUCAAGUCUGCACGUUAGUUGUACAUAAAAAAUGCCAUUUGUCCGUGGUGUCCAAGUGUCCGGGCAUGCGAGAUGAGUUGUGUCCGCAGCAAACCAAAGUGGAGGUGGUGCCGGCGGGCCAGCGCUUUAACGUGAAUGUACCGCACCGUUUUGUGGUGCACAGCUACAAGAGGUUCACCUUCUGCGACCACUGCGGAUCGCUGCUCUAUGGCCUGAUCAAGCAGGGAUUGCAGUGCGAGACCUGCGGGAUGAACGUGCACAAGCGGUGUCAGAAGAACGUGGCCAAUACGUGCGGCAUCAAUACCAAGCAGAUGGCCGAGAUCCUUAGCUCGCUGGGGAUCUCGCCGGACAAGCAGCAGCCGCGCCGCUCCAAGUACUUGAACCAGCAGGGCGGCGAGGACAACUAUGGUGCCUCCUUGGGACCCGACGGCGACGGCGCUCCCGGGCAGUCCUUCCGCAGUGGCACGCUCUCGGCGGACAGCCUGGCCACCUCCACUACGACGCUGACCAGCGGCUACAAUAGCAGCAGCUGCAUGAGCCUAGUCGUGGGCGGUGCCGGCGGCGGUGGGGCCACUGGGGAGACUCGGCCCGGCAAGUGCUCCUUGCUCGAUUUUAACUUCAUCAAGGUGCUCGGCAAGGGAUCCUUUGGCAAGGUGAUGCUCGCCGAGAAGAAGGGCACCGACGAGAUCUAUGCCAUAAAGGUGCUCAAGAAGGACGCCAUCAUCCAGGACGACGACGUGGACUGCACCAUGACGGAGAAGCGCAUCCUGGCGCUGGCCGCCAACCAUCCCUUCCUGACUGCGUUACAUUCCUGUUUCCAGACCCCGGACCGCCUCUUCUUCGUGAUGGAGUACGUCAAUGGCGGUGACCUGAUGUUCCAGAUACAGAAGGCGCGACGCUUCGAGGCCGCCCGGGCGGCCUUUUACGCGGCGGAGGUUACCCUGGCAUUGCAGUUCCUCCACACUCAUGGCGUCAUCUACCGCGACCUGAAGCUGGACAACAUCCUGCUCGACCAGGAGGGCCACUGCAAGCUGGCUGACUUUGGUAUGUGCAAGGAGGGCAUCAUGAACGGCAUGCUGACCACCACCUUCUGCGGCACGCCCGACUACAUCGCCCCGGAGAUCCUCAAGGAGCAGGAGUAUGGCGCCUCCGUCGAUUGGUGGGCGCUCGGCGUCCUCAUGUACGAGAUGAUGGCCGGCCAGCCUCCGUUCGAGGCCGAUAACGAGGACGAGCUCUUCGAUUCGAUUAUGCACGACGACGUCCUAUACCCAGUUUGGCUAUCACGCGAGGCCGUCUCCAUUCUAAAGGGUUUUCUUACCAAAAACCCAGAGCAGCGACUGGGCUGCACUGGCGACGAGAACGAGAUACGCAAGCAUCCAUUUUUCAACAAGCUGGACUGGAAGGAGCUCGAGAAGCGCAACAUAAAGCCACCAUUCCGACCGAAAAUGAAAAAUCCACGCGAUGCCAACAACUUUGAUGCUGAGUUCACCAAGGAGGAUCCGGUGCUGACACCUAUCGGUAACGAGGUCAUUCGCUGCAUCAACCAGGAUGAGUUUGCGGGCUUCUCAUUCGUGAAUCCAAAAUUCGGACCGGAGCGCAAAGUCUACUAAGAAGGCCCCCCCACCCCAACGAUCGCAGUUCAUGUUCACCAUGUUCACUUGGAUGGGCUGGAUGAGACUGGGUAUCCCGGUUAGCUGGCCCAACGCAGAUCGCUCCGAAUCGUCGUCAUCCGGACAUGUCCGGUCGAUCGGCGCCUUGCGCAUCCUCCCAGCACAAUCUAGUUAAUCGUCUAUUGUUUAUCGUUAUCAUUUUCAUUUAACUACACCCCGGUGAACGCUUCAUUGUUGUCUGUUUCUGUUGUAGUCCACUCGUAGUCGUUGUCCCCCCAGUCCCCUGUCCUCCCACAUCCAACUACCAGUGCCAAUUGUCGUGGAACUGCUAAUCUUCGACUUGAUUUAAAGCGCACACCAAUAGGACAACGCACAUUGUACCGAAAAAUCCGCAAAAUCAAUCGAAAAACUUGGUUUUAAAUCAUCGAUGUUUCACCCAGCAACCUAGCCUAUUCCUGUUUGAAUUUAUUUAUGUUGUUUGCCAACAAAAAAGAUGUCCCACGCACACACAACCACACCCAUCUAGUCAAUGCCCAGUGGCUGAGUGCAUUUUGUUAUUAGUUAUUUAUUGAUUGUUCGAUCGAUGUGCCGAAUCUCAAGUUUCGCACUCACAGCAUCCAGGCAGAGAGCCAGGCACUUGCUCCAAGCGAAUCUCAAGGGAAUUUCUAAACACAAUAGCCGCAAUGUGCCGUCUCUACCACACACACAAAGUACACAACAUUUAAUUUCGAGUUUGAAAUCUUGCACAACUUCCUUCUCAAGUAUUAAAGCGAUAUUAUUUUAAAAUUAUUACCUUAUUGUUAUACAUAAAUAUUUAUAAAAACGAAAUGAAAAGAAAACAAAGCGAAAAUCAAGCCAAAAAUCCCUCUAAUACAAAGCGCAUACAAUUUACCAGCAAAGAGAAAAAAGUAUAGCUAAACUAAUCAUAGAAAUAAAUGCUAAAAACCUACAAAGAGAAUGUCUAUAAAAAUUCACAUUAAUUUAUGCUAAAAACAAAUUAUGAAUACAACCCAAACAACCAAUGUGUUUAGUCUGUAAGAGGAGGAUGAGGAGCCAGAAGAACAAGCAUAUUAUAUAUACAAUAUAUAUAAUAUAUAUGAACCAUAUAUAUAAAUUGUGAAACUAAAGGCAUAUAUAUAUAUAUAUUACACACACACACACCCACAGCAAAACAAAACAAAACACUUAGCGUAAUGAGGGAAAUCCGUCAACAAAUUAUAUAUGAAAUUAUGUGGCAUAAGAUGAAUAAGAAAAACAAAUAUUCGCGUUUAUUAUGUGUUGAUUUUGAAAGCCAAAGACUCAAAGCUAAAUAUUCUAUUUGAACUAACCCGAGGCAAGUUUUUAGCAUACCGCAUCGAAAUUGGAUCAGUAUCAUUUAAAUGUUAUUACUAUUACUACUAUUAUUUACUCUACGCCUAAUUUCGUGUGUUUUCCGUUUUGAUUUCCAUCGUUCGCUAGAAGAGAGAUCAUAAAAGUAUAUAUUUAAUAAUAAAUCGAUGGAAUAGCAGAGAAAGCAAGGAUAACAAAAGAUUUAUUAACUAUUAAGCAGCGUUGUUAACUAAAAGAGAAAAUAAACAAAAAAAAAAAAAAACAGAGGAAAUGUAAGGCAAAGGCAAGCGCAUAAACACACAUUUGUAUGUAAUAAAGAGGAGCCCAGUGUCUAAUAAUAUUUGUGAAAUAGCAAAAACAACCCGGCGUAAGCGCUAGUUACCCACUUACAAUUUAAAUGUUAACCCAAAGUAUUUUCAAGAACGCAUUUUACCAAAGCAAAAAUAACAAACAAAGGAGUAAACAAGGAGAUGAUGAAGAAGGAUGGAAGUAUAGGCAAAAUGUUAAAAGCUAUUAAUAAUUUUUUAAACAAUGCGCUCAAAUCGCCAGUCGAUCGAGGCCGUUGCCAGGCUGGAUAAAGGCGCGUAUUCAAUUAAAAAAUAUAAAUAAAAUAAAAAAAAUCCAAACAAAACAAAACAGAAAAACGCAUCCAGCCAACAAGAUAAGCCCAAAAGGGGGAUAAAAGAAAUGUGUAGGUGUCAAGAUAGUAGGCAAAUCCACUGGUUGUUGUUGAACAAAGAACAGACAAAAGUUAAUAGAGGAGGUGCAGGAUUAAAUAUACUAUAAUAGGAGCCAGAGGAGGAGGAAACAGAAAAGGGAAUAACAAAUCGCGUAACCGUAACCUGACAAAAACAAGUUAAAGUUAUAGGACAAAUGUGCAACCAAAUGUUAGCUAUAAGCUCACUCUCUAAAUACAUAUGUGCAAAAGCUGAACGAUUCCCAGACCCUUUCGCUUGCCAAAGGUCCUAGGUCCUGUCCCUGGACCGGGCUCUGAACGUACUCACUCCUCGACUCGAUCAGCUUAGCUAAACUUUUUCUGGAGCCGCACAGGCUCAUGCUCUCACCAAGGCAACACUCACUCUGCAACUUUUUCACGUACCUUUCGCAUCUUAGAGAUACUUAAAUGGAACUUAUUAAACGGAAAAGCCCCCGAAAUCAUUGUCUACAAAUUGUUAACUGAUCUAAGGCAAACAACUACACACACGAACUACUAAGGAAGUAUAUUGAAUUAUUUAUUAUUGAUCGGCGGUGUACAAAACUAAGCGCGGCCAACUGAGACACCAUAUAUGGUUUUAUUAGAAGGAGCUGCGCAGAUCAUUGCAAGCGAAUUAAUCAUUAGCAAAAAGAGAAGUCAGAGUAUUCAGAAACACACCAAAAAGCACAACACACAGCAGUUUAACUUGAGGAAGAACCAGACUAAGACACAGAGGAAAAUGCAUAAGUAACGUCUAAGUUAUGUUUAAACCAGAGAUAAAUAACUGUAACGGUAAAGUCGAAAGUCAACAGUUGAUAUGUUGUAAAAAAGCUAUUAAAUAAAAAAAUAAAAAUAAAAGAGGAAUGUUUACCAAGGAAGGCAGGGAGUGGCAGAAUUGAAUGUUAAAGAAGCUACUAAAUAAAUGGUAUAAGCAGAUGUGUGCAAAGGAUAACCAAAGAAAGCAAAAUUGAAAACAAGAAAUUGAUUUAUAAAAUUAAGUGAAAACUAAUUAUUAAAUAAAGAGAGGUAACACCUAUGAAAAAUGUAA